UAAGUACUGUGACUGUCAAACACAAGACAGUAACCAUAAACAAGAGGAAAACGCUAUACCCUAUUUAUAGUAAAUAUAUAAAACGAUGAAGCGGAUAAGAAUGAAAUCAGCAAGUGGCAACAUACAUUCCUUAGCUGUCUGAUGACUAUUUGUUUAUUAAAAGUUUUGUGAAACUGGUAGAAAGGGUUAUGGUGGCUUGAAAGUGGGGUUCUUUAGAUUUUUUUUAGAAACAAGUUACGUAUAAAUGGCGGUGGAAGGGUGGAACGUAGAUAUCGGAGAAGCAGUGUACCGGUCCCGGGAUCCGGUUAAGAACCUGAAGAUAAGAGUUCGCAUUCAGCGGAUCACUUCUGCUAUGGUUCUGUCACAGCAGGUCCAGAAGCAGAAAACUGAACAUGGAAAGAGUGAUAUUGAACUCACCACCUUCAAGACACACAGUGCAUUGGGCAGAUUUCAUCCAGACGAAGAGGAAGAAGUAGAAGUGACCUGGCAGGAGAAAUUAUUCAGCCAGUUUGAGUACGACUUGUUCAGAAAUGCUGCUGCCUGUCAAAGCCCAUUGGACCAUCAGUAUCAUAAAGAAAUCCUAAAGCUGGACAAAGCUGGUGGACGAAAGAACAGAAGGUUGUUCACCUAUACAGAUUAUGAUAGAUUCACUAAUCUUCAAGAGCAUUGUCUCUCGGUUACAACAUCAGACAAACAGAUUCCAACAUUCCUGACGGAGAAGAUGGCCAAUGUGCGGCACAGAAGACAAGAAAAGCGAGUAAUGGAAGGUAAUAUCCCAAAAUCCCGACUGAUCACAUGGGAACCAUCAGAAGAGUUCAAGAACAGUCAUUUUAUAAAUACUCCUCUGCAAACUAUGUACAUUAUGGCAGACCUUGGACCUCCUGGAAAGUUAGGUCUCCAGGAAUAUGAAUAUGUCCUCUGUACUAUUAAAGUAGAUGGCAAUGGGGUCAUUACAGUCAAGCCAGAUUUCAACCACGACAAAGGUCCCUACAGGUUAGAGCUGGAGAGAGAGAAGCGGGACCUCUGGAAGUAUUCCAUUGAAAAUACCUCUGUAAGCAUUCAACCAGAGGAACAGCAGCGUGAGCAGAAAAUGUACAGUGAGCUCUGCAAUCGACACAGUGAUUACCUUAAUAGGCUUGUUGGCACAGAAUUUGAAGAGACCCCACCAGGGAUGUUUCGUCUCUUUGUCAGUGGUGAGAUUGUUUCAGCACAAGGUUAUGAAUACAACAACCUCUACAUCCACUUCUUCCUAGAGCUUCCUGAGUACUGGGAAAGUCCUCCUUACCAGCAGUUGUCAAGGGUCACACAGACGUGCUACACCAAGAGCACAGUAAAGGAGAACAUAGCCUACUUUUCAUAUCCAUUUACCUUUGAGGCGUUUUUUAAAAAUGAAGUGGAAUCUGAAAACUCUCUUCCCCAUUGGCCAGUACUCUACUUUGCGGUACACUCAUUGGAUUUUUGGCAACGAUAUCGGACAGAAGGAUAUGGUUGCUUUGUCAUACCAACUGCACCAGGUGUACAUGAGAUGAUUUGUCAGACAUGGCGCCCCAUUCAACCAGGGACCGUAUCAGAACUGAAGAGGUAUUUUAUUGGUGGCUCACCAGAGCUGGAAGACAUGACAUAUGUGGGCAUACCUGGUACAUUCAAGGGUGAACGGAUGAGCCGACUUGGAUUUCAAACACAGACCACAGGGAGUGUCACAGUUAAACUAUACUGUAUGCAGCAGUCUAGAGCGUUCAUGGAGUCAAACAUUCAGAAAAAGAGAAUGCAGAGUGUACUGGACCGACUUGGUGGAUUUAGCCAGCAGAGCUCUAUCCAAAAUGUACUAGGUAAGCUUGAACGUCAUGUUGCUUUUAGAUACAUAUACUGUCAGGAUGUUUUGUUUAGAUUGUUCCUGCAGGUUUAUAAUGAGAAGUUGAAGUUACAGUUAAGUUUUCCAGCAAGUGUACACUAA